UAGUUUUGUGCGCUGCUCCUGGCGCUUCGAUUGGAAACGGGCGCGCAAUUCACCACAAAAACAUCCCCAUUCGAGUUACUGGCUGUGUGCACAGUUUUAAAUACAUUUUUCGUUCGCCAAAAAAUUCACAAUUUACGGUUUCCAAAGAUGCGACGUCAACAGACACGUUAUCGCAGCGAUUCCAUUGCUAGUCCCAGCACUGGAGCAACCAGGAAGCCAUCGCUAAUCAAUACGGCAGCGAGCAGCGCAUCGCCGACGCGUCGCGAAUCGCUGGUGAAGCCCACCUGGCAGCACAUAACGCCCGGCCAGUUGCCACCCAAGACGCUGGACAAGAUCAAUGGCAUUGCCUCGGAUGAUUCGGACGACGAUGGCUAUCCGAAGCGACGACCCAGCGUUAUUGUGCAUCAGCGACAACAGUCGCUGUCACAGCAGCCAUUGCUGCCGGAAUACAUGAGUCCAUCGCAUCUCUAUCGCGAACAUCUACAGCAGCAGCAAUCAUUGCUGGCACAACAGCAAUCCCAUCUGCAAUCACAGCAGCAACAGCAGCACCAGCAGCAGUCGGUUGGAAACGGUUUCAGCACUCGUUUUUUAAGUAGCAUGCGAUUCACAGCAGCUGCCGAGCAGCAACCGCUCUUGGAUACGGGUGGAGUUGGUGAAGGAGGUGGAGGAGGAGCAGGAGUUGAAGUUGUUGGAGGGGCUGGAGGGGAAGCUGCUGCUGGACCUGGAAACGAUGGCGCUGGCGCCACGCUUUGCAAGAACGCCGGACGCGCCUUGAUACGCAUGAUCUCCUCCACUCCCGGACAGGAUGAGGAGGAGGAUUUUGAUAUUAUGGGCAAGGUCAUAAUGCUGGGCGAUUCGGGAGUGGGCAAAACAUCGCUUUUGAUACGAUUUCGCGAUGGUCGCUAUGUGCCCAGCUAUUUUCUGAGCACUGUUGGCAUUGAUUUUAGGAAUAAAGUAGUCGUUGUUGAUGGCACGCGGGUCAAACUGCAAAUCUGGGAUACGGCUGGACAGGAGCGUUUCAGGAGCGUGACACACGCCUAUUAUCGCGAUGCCCACGCGCUGCUGCUGCUCUACGAUGUGACCAAUAAGACCACCUACGAUAACAUUCGAGCCUGGUUGGGUGAAAUACGCGAGUAUGCACAGGAGGAUGUGGUCAUCGUUUUAAUUGGCAACAAAGCCGACUGCAGCAGCAGUGAGCGACAGGUGAAGCGCGAGGAUGGCGAACGUCUGGGACGUGAGCACAAUGUGCCAUUUAUGGAGACAUCCGCCAAGACAGGACUCAACGUUGAGCUGGCCUUCACAGCAGUGGCCAGGCAGUUGAAGUGUCGCGGCUACGACCAUGGCGAUGAUGGAAAAUUCAAUGUGCAUGAUUUUGUGCGUGACAAUACAAAGGCUCGGUCUGUUUGUGCUCAAUGCAGGAACAUGUAACUUGUUCAUGUCCCAGCACAAUGAAAAAAUUGCACAACAAAACAAAAAAAACAACAAAACAACAACCAACAAGCAAGAAGCAACACAGCACAAAGCUCUCAAACACAAGGCAUGAAUUUGUAAAACAGAGAAAGGAGCAACAACAAAUAAUAAUAAAAAAAAAGAGAGAACACUAUAAAAAGAAAGUGAAACAAAACCAAAUAUUGGUUAUUGAGCGAACACGCGUGGCUAACAACAUUUUUAAGCCGGAUGCUAUGGUUCGCGUUUUGUAUGUAAAUUGGAAUUUGAAUGAGAGUAAUGGGGAGUUUAGGGAGUACGGGAAGUAGGGGUAGUAUGGGUAGUAUGGGGAACGAACGCCCCAUUUGGGGGACUGUAUAAUUUUUUACAAGUAGCUCGCAUGAGAAUUUUGGAUAGAGGAUGAUGCAUUGUGUUGGCAUUUUGAUAGCAUAAAUAAUGAAUAAUAUAUU